GUACAGGCCGGCGGCGCACGAGGCGUGGUUGCGUAAAUGUAUCGUCAGUGUACAAAAAAAUGCGAAAAAAUGCCAAAUAAGUAUACACGAAAGACUGAUAGAGGAACUGCUAGUGUCGAAAUCUACGAUCUGGCCUUUGGAGAGCUUAGGUUGAGAGAUAUAUUAAGAAGAAAGAGACUUAUCAAGCAAACCCAGAAGGCAAAGCUCCGUCUAUGUGUUAUACCAUUCCGACUAUUUUUACAGAAGCGGAACAGAAUAUAUUAAGUGACUAUUUGUUAACAUGAGCAGCAUCUAAUUAUGGGCUGACCUCGAAAGAAACUAGAGUCAUUGCAUAUAAGUUAGCCAAAAAAUAUAAUAAAAAAAUUUCAGAGUCAUGGCAGAAAAAUGAGAAAGACAUAUUUGGAGAAGCUGAAUUUCUGCCAAGUCAAGUCACCGAUCGUCGCUACCGGUUUCAGAAAUUGUGGACAAUCUAGCAAAAAGAACUAUAACUCCAAAUCUUAACACUGACGCAGUUGAUAAUGAUGAAGCGAGAGCUAUUACUCCAGGUAAAUCUACAGAUCAAAUCAUGCCAUCUAGCAAUUUGUCCGUUGUAAGCAACAAUGCCAACGAAUAUGUUGCCUCCACAUCUGCAGCGCACACAUCAGUUCUGAAUAAUAAUAUCAUUGAAUCAAUUGCAUCCACAUCUAUAG